AUGCAGUCAUUGAUGACGAAAGGGCCUCAGAGAGGUGGAUAUCGAGAAGGCUCCAUGAUGUCUAGUAAUGCAUAUAGACCUAGUGAGUGUAACAGGUUUCGUAGUACAUCGUCAACAGAUAAGUUACAAGAUGCAAGACAAACACGGUUGUGUUUUGCACGUUUGCAAGAAGUGCAUACAAAAGUGAACUGUGAACCAGUGAGCAAGUUCAGUGAUAAGCUAAAUGUAAACUCCAGGCCUGACUCCGAAUUGUGUGACGAUAACGGUGUGGUCAGGAAGUCUGUAGUUGCAACUGGUAAGCCAUUGUUGAAUAGAGUGUCACAGAAUAGAGUUAUUGCUUCAGAGUGCAGUCCUGACUCCACAAGUUUACAAGGUAUUACUAGUCAGAGUGAAGGUAUGAAAUCUUUAGGGAUUUGUGAAGAAGAACCCAAAUCAUCUAAUGCUGUUAUUAAAGAGUUUGAAAUUGAUGAAGUCGAUCAGAUAGAUGAUGGUAAAUUGAAUAUUUGUGAUAAUGAUCAUGAUAGCGCAGGUUUGUCUUUGGUUGAUCAUGAUGAAAUGAGGGGAAUGCCUACUACUGCUAAGUUGAACGAAGGUUCUGUACAACUUGAACGUGAAGUAGAAUUGAAUGUAGAUGCAGUUGCACAAGGCAUGCAUAAUUGUCAGACAGUCAGUGUAAUUGAUCAGAGUGAAGCCCACCUAUCAUCAGAUGCUAGUGCUAAAGCGGAGCUGAUAGUAAAAGACAGCAGUGGUGGUAAUCUUGCAGUUAGACAAAUUUCUGAAAGCCGAGCAACAACAGCUUCUGAUCCACCGCUAAGUUCAUCAACUGGUAUCAAUCAGUCGUCGUUGGUGUUGUCAUCCACAAUGAGAAGGAUGCCCAUCAACUCAAGUAUCUUGUGCAAUGACUAUGAUAGUACUGGUGCGUUUGAAAAGACGAAAGAUAUUGCUCAGUUUAGUGAGGAUAAGCCAAGUGUAAACGAGAGAGUAAUUGUUAAAUUGACUUGCAUGAAUAAAGGCAUUUCUAGUUUCAAGUUACUAUUUGAAUGCUAUUAUCUUUGGUGUAAAUUACUCUGUGCCUACGCUUGGUUGACCAGAUACGUCGUGUGUUUGUUCGUCAUCUAUAUUCUACGAUACAAUGACAUGGGCGUGUUACCGUUCAGAUUUGAGGAUAUAGCUCAUAGAAGGAAGUUAGCAAAUGAACUCUGCGAUGAUUUUCCAACCUAG